CCUGCCGCUGGUUCACUGACGAGCAGCAGCUCAGUUAAAGCAGAGAGACGCUUCGCUCAUGUUCGGCUGAAGAUGGGUUCAGGACAGCUGCUGUUGAUGCUCGUCGCCGCUGCAGUGGCACAGAACGAAGUGUCGGUGGACUGCGGCGGGGACUCGGUGACGGUCCGCUGGAGACUGGACUCGCAUCAGAAGCUGGAUCCGUCCAGAGCUCUGCUGGGGGACUGUCCUCCGAACUCCACGGAGUCCGGUGACACGCUGCUCUUCUCCGUGUCUCUGCGGACCUGCGGCUUCUCCCGGCAGGUAACUCCGGACCGGGUCACAUACUCGAACCUGCUGACCUAUGAGCGCUCUCCAGCGCUGCCCUUCCUCUCCCACGCCGUCCAGUGCGUCUAUGAACUACCUGUGAGCAGCACUGAGGAAGAGGAUAAUGGAGCGGUGACCUUCAGCUUGGAGUUCAUGAACAGGGACUUCAGCGCUCCGGCUCCAGUUCUGCGCUUCCGGCUGGGUUCCGCUCUUCCCGUCAGAGCCACAGUGGAGUCCCGGAGUCACAGGCCGCUCUGGAUCUACAUGGAGAACUGUAUGGCAGCCACAGAUGCAGACAUCAGCCGUGCCGCUCAUGUGCAUCCCAUCAUCACCAACGCCGGGUGUCUGAUGGAAAGUAAAUGGGGAAACUCCAGCUUUCUGCGGAGGAGGCGUCCUGCUGAAAUGCGCCUGUAUCUCCAAGCCUUCAAGUUUGCUGUUGGACAGAAUAUCUUCCUUCUCUGUGAUCUGGAGGCGUGGGACGUCCAGCGCAUGGACCGGAGAGCGUGCCACUACAUCCAGCAGCAGCGCAGGUGGGAGCUCCUGGAUGAUCCUUCCCAGAGCUACAUCUGCUCCUCCUGUGAUACCAGCUUCUUCCAGAGGACGGACGCGGUGAGCGGUGUGUCUGCUCGUAAAGUCCUGGGGCCGUUUGUGAUUGAAGAAUCUCUGGACACACAGUCGAGCGCAGAGCGUGGUCCGAGUGAUUCUCCGGUGUGGCUGAUCGUGGUGUCUGUGGUGGCGGUGCUGGGGACCGUCGCAGGUGUUUUGGCCGUCAGCUAUUACCUGUGUUUCUGGAGAGGAGGACGCAUGGGCUACAGGCCCAGCAGAGAUCUGCUCUCCAAAUACUGACUAUGAGCUUCAAAUAAACCUGAUCAAAUGGG